GUUGUCGCUGGGUAGCUGUAGUUGGGAAGUCGCGAUGGAGCCGCGCUCAGCGUAAACCCUCGGCCGACCGCGGGCCGGGGGGUCUGGCCGGGGCCGCUGUGGCCCGGACGAGCGGAGAGUGCGGAGCGGCUUUAGGGCCAGUGAGGACGAGCCCUGGCGGCGUUGCCCGCCUCCCGGGUAGGACCCGGUCCCGCCUUCCGGGCCUGGGACCCAGCGGGCGCCGUUGCCAGGCUGCCCCACCGACCUGCUUUUGGUCGCGGACAGCUGGGUAGAGCGGGCGUGCGGCCCGUGGCCGGACAGCCCCCUUCCUGCCUUGUUAAGCCCCCGCUCGCGUCUUCGCGACCCUUUCUCGGGCUACCGGAACGCUGACGGGGAGCUGUCCGCCCGGAACUCCCAUGGAGAAGUUUGGGAUGAAUUUCGGGGGCGGCCCGAGCAAGAAGGACUUGCUGGAGACGAUAGAGACGCAGAAGAAGCAGCUCUUCCAGUACCAGGCACGGCUCAAGGAUGUGGUCCGCGCCUAUAAAAGCCUGCUGAAGGAGAAGGAGGCGUUAGAGGCCAGCAUAAAGGUGCUGUCGGUGUCCCACGAGGCAGAUGUGGGCCUCGCAGGUGUCCAGUCUCCAGGCCUCUCCUUUCCUGACUCUGUGGAUGACCGGUGCUCCACUCACAGCGAGGACAGCACUGGCACCGCCACCAGCUUGGAUACUGCGGCCAGUCUCACCAGCACCAAGGGUGAGUUUGGACUGGAAGAUGACAGAGCUGCCCGUGGGGGACCACCACCUCCAAAGUCCGAAGAGGCCAGUGGGUCGGAGAGUGGCGUUAGCAGUAGCAGUGGGGAUGGGCCAUUUGCAGGUGGGGAGGUGGACAAAAGACUGCACCAGCUGAAGACUCAGUUGGCUACUUUGACCAGCUCUUUGGCUACAGUCACCCAGGAGAAGUCCCGCAUGGAGGCUUCUUACCUGGCUGACAAGAAGAAAAUGAAACAGGACUUAGAGGAUGCCAAUAAAAGGGCAGAGGAGGAGAGGGGCCGUCUGGAGGGAGAAUUGAAGGGGCUGCAGGAACAGAUAGCAGAAACCAAAGCCCGACUUAUCACACAACAGCAUGAUCGGGCCCAAGAGCAGAGUGACCAUGCAAUAAUGCUUCGUGAGCUCCAGAAAUUGCUGCAGGAGGAGAGGACCCAGCGCCAGGACUUGGAGCUUCGGUUAGAAGAGACCCGAGAAGCCCUGGCAGGGCGGGCAUAUGCAGCUGAACAGAUGGAAGGGUUUGAAUUGCAGACCAAGCAGCUGACCCGUGAGGUAGAGGAGCUGAAAGGUGAGCUGCAGGCCAUUCGAGAUGAGAAGAAUCAGCCAGACCCCCAGCUGCAAGAACUGCAGGAAGAAGCUACCCGCCUUAAGAGCCAUUUCCAGGCUCAGUUGCAGCAGGAAAUGAGGAAGACAGCCCUUGCAGAAGAUCAACUCCGUCAGCAGUCUCAGGUGGAAGAGCAGAGGGUUGCAGCCCUAGAGAAUCAAAUAUCUGAAGUGUCUGAGCUGCUGGGCACCUAUGAGAAAGCCAAGCAGAAGGACCAGCUGGCCAUCCAGAAGCUGAAGGAGCGCAUUCUGCAGCUGGACCUGGAGAAUAAGACGCUGGCUCUAGCAGCCUCCAGCCGGUCCUCUCUAGACAGCCAUGGAGACGAGUCCAGUCUGGAUGUCAAUGUCCUGAAGGAUAAGAUGGAGAAGCUGAAGAGGCUGUUGCAGGUUGCAGCCAGGAAAAGCCAGGUGACCCUGGAUGUGGAGAAGCUCUGCGACCUGGAGAUAAUACCCAGCUCGGAGGCUGCCGAUGGGGAGAAAGCUACUGCACUGUACUACCAACAGGAGCUGAAACAGCUGAAGGAAGAGUUUGAGAGGUACAAGAUGAGGGCCCAGGUCGUCCUUAAGAGCAAGAAUUCCAAAGAUGGUAACCUGGCAAAGGAGCUGGAGGCAGCCCAGGAACAGCUUGCGGAGUUGAAGGAGAAAUAUAUCUCCCUGCGGCUGUCCUGCGAGGAACUCGAACACCAGCACCAGCGGGAGGCUGAAGACUGGAAGCAGGAGCUGGCCCGCCUGCAGCAGCUCCACCGGCAGGAGCUAGAGCGAAGUCAGCUGGACUUCAGGGACCGCACACUGAAACUCGAGGAGGAGCUGCACAAGCAGCGGGACCGUGCCCUGGCUGUGCUCGCUGAGAAGGACUUGGAGCUGGAGCAGCUGCGUUCUGUGGCCUUGUCCUCUGGGCUGCCAGGACGCAGAAGCCCUGUGGGUGGUGGGGUUCCUGGGGACCCGGCUGACACAUCUUCCCCAGAUAGCCUGACUCAAGCGCUACAACUUGCUGCAGCCAAUGAGCCCACUUUCUUCCUGUACGCGGAGCAGCUGGCCCGCAAGGAGGUGGAGAUCACAUCGCUGAAGAAGCAGAAGCACAGGCUGGAGGUGGAGGUGCAUCAGCUGCAGGACCGGCUGCUGGAGGAGGGCGAGCGGCAUCGUGAGGAGGUUGGAGCCCUGCAGAGCCGCAUCGAAAAGAACAUCAGGGACCAGAGCAGGGAGGGAGCCAACCUGGAGUACCUCAAAAACAUCAUCUACCGCUUCCUGACCUUACCUGACUCCCUGGGCCGCCAACAGACUCUCACAGCCAUACUGACUAUCUUACACUUUAGUCCAGAGGAGAAACAAGUGAUAAUGCGGCUCCCAACCAGUGGUAGCUGGUGGCCUUCUGGCAAGAGAUGAUGCCGUUUUCACUGACUCCUGAAAUUUCUGUGCCUCUUUUAUGUGGGAAGGGGCAGGCUCUGGUUUCUACUGCCUAUUCUCUUGGAUUAUCAUUUAUUACUUUACGGUGUUGAAAUUGGGAGGAUGGGAUGUUCUGCCAAAUGCCAUUAAUGCUGCUUUGUCUUUGGGCCCUAGUGAUACUGAAAGUGUUGGGACAGCAUCUUCUCGUGGGGUGUAUGUGAGGGGAAGUGGGGGAAGAGGUUAGGACUGAGAGGUACAAAAGUUGGGAAAGUAGUAAGGAUCCUUUACAAUUUUUUGUUUUAAUACUAUGUUCCUAGCACAGAGCUAGGAGUAAAUGUGACUCCAAAGGGAGUUCAGGUAAUUUCUGAACAGGCACAGUGACCAGCUGUUUUCUCCACCUCGUCACAAUCUGAGUCUGGUCCAUUGCUGCCCCAAUUCUCUGGGGACAUAAAGCCAGGCUGAGAAGGGACCAGGAAGUUUGAAAUAGUGACAGAUUGUCUACUAGUCCAAAGGGCCAAGGAAUAGUGAAUUCAUUCUGGAACUGGAAAGCUUGGUCUAGUUAGGGCCUAGGGACAACCUGUGCUAUCUAGACUAAACAUACCACUUGGGACCAUCCUAGAGAGGGCUCUGAGCAUCAGUUUGAUCUUAGGGAUUUCUUGGGUGACCUCCUUUUGGUCUGGAUAGGGUUAAAAUAGACCUCUUGCUUGUCCCUGCCUUUACCUAUCUACCUAAGGUUGGCUUGAGAUUGGGAGUGAAUGACUUUGCUGUCUUUUCCACAAAGUUGGAACUUCAUGAAGAAGUAAGAUCUUAGCUUCUUACAGAGAGGAGUCUGAAUAGUAAGCUCUGGUCCUGUCUGGAUAUAAGGAGUUAGCCCAGAGAUUUGCUCCCACCCAUUUCUGCCUUUGCAGGGACAGGGAAGAGGAGGAAGAUUUGCUGCAGAAGAUUCUAAAAGAUUGCUGUUACUCUAGCCGGAAAGUGGUGAAAGUUCAGCUGAAGCUGGGCUGAGGUACUUUCUGCCCUCUGGGUCUUUACAUAAGUAGAUUAACUCUGCUCUUUAAGGAAAGGCAGCUUGUUAUUCUGGCAGUCUGGAAAGGAGGUUCUCAAAAAACUUGGGUUCAAAUAUUAUCAGUGCCUCUGUUCUUUCUCCUAUCUGCUCUUACUGUUUAUAGGUGUUUCUGGACCCUAAAGACAAAUGCUUGGCCAUUAACUGGACUAAUGUGUAUUUUUCUGUUAUUUCAUUUUAGAGGUCUGUUUUAUGAGGGUUUAGAGUGCAGACAACUUUAAGUGUUCUGAACGAGAGGCUAGGUGACCAGGAUUAUCUACAGUGAGCAGACUUAAAUGGAACAGAAGAUGUGUUCAAAUGAUAAUGAUAUAAACCACGGAAUCAUUAAACCCAAGUACCUUGACUUG